AGCGGUUUGGUCAGAGGUUGUUUCUCGCUGAGUUUACGCUGCAGCUGCGCCCGAGCCCGGAGGUCGGGGCGGAGGGGACGGACGGACGGUACCAUGGAUUGUACAAACCCUUUGGGGCUCAUUGAAGGAGAUGCUUGUGGACUGGAAACAGCUUGCCCCUAAUUUACACUAGAGAAAAUCCAAGCAGAGUCAAGACGACAGAUUUGCUUUCAUUGCAGAAUGGUAUGACCCGAAUGCUUCACUUUUUCGGCGUUACGAACUCUUGUAUUAUCCGAAAGAUGGUUCAGUUGAAAUGUAUGAUGUGAAGAACCAUCGCACCUUUCUGAAACGCACAAAAUAUGAUGACCUACACCUAGAAGAUUUGUUUAUAGGCAACAAAGUUACUGUCUUUUCACGUCACCUUUCCCUAGUAGACUAUGGGGAUCAAUACACAGCCCGCAAGUUGGGUAGCCGCAAAGAAAGAACACUGGCUUUGGUUAAACCUGAUGCAGUACCCAAGAUUGGAGAACUAGUUGAUAUCAUCAUUAAUGCUGGAUUUACAAUAACUAAAGCCAAAAUGAUGGUACUUUCACGGAAAGAAGCAAUGGAUCUCCAUGUAGACCAUCAAUCAAAGCCCUUUUACAAUGAGCUUCUCCACUUUAUUACAAGUGGUCCUGCUGUUGCCAUGGAGAUUUUAGGAGAUGAUGCUGUGUCUGAAUGGAAGAAGUUACUGGGACCUGCAAACUCUGGCGUGGCUCGUGCUGAUGCCCCGGGCAGCAUUAGAGCAUUGUUUGGAACAGAUGGCAUAAGAAAUGCAGCUCAUGGCCCUGACUCCUUUGCUUCUGCUGCUCGAGAGCUGGAGUUGUUCUUUCCCUCAAGUGGAGGUCAUGGUCCAGCCAACAGUGCAAAAUUUACAAACUGUACUUGUUGCAUUAUUAAGCCUCAUGCUGUUAAUGAAGGGCUAACUGGAAAGAUCAUAAAAGCCAUCCUCGAUGGGGGUUUUGAAAUCUCGGCUUUGCAGUUGUUCAACAUGGAACGUGCGAAUGUGGAAGAAUUCUAUGAGAUUUACAAAGGUGUUGUUGCUGAAUAUGCUGAGAUGGUUACAGAACUGUGCUCAGGGCCUUGUAUAGCACUAGAGAUCAGACAGCGUGAUCCUCAAAAAGUAUUCAGAGACUUCUGUGGGCCUUCUGAUCCUGAAAUAGCCCGUCACCUCCGACCUGGAACCCUGCGUGCCAUCUUUGGUAAAAACAAGAUUCAGAAUGCUGUCCACUGUACAGAUUUACCAGAGGAUGGACUUUUGGAGGUCCAGUACUUCUUCAAGAUUCUGGACAACUGACAGUUCCAUGUUCUGCUAUCUCCAGUGCUAAAGGAAAACAGACAGACAGACAAGGAGCGAUGAUGUGUUCAUUAAUUUAUUGUCCAAUGUUUUAACCUGACUGAAAUACAAGAGCAAGAGCACUAUGCUCCUGGCUAUUUAUUACAUAUGUUAGAACAAGAGUUUUGCACUUCAGACAACAUUUAACACCAUCUUCUGGGGGUACUGCAUUGCUUUUUAUAAAGUUCAAAAUAAAGAUUUAUUUUCAAACAAG